AUGUCCUUCUACUUCUCAGACACAGCAGUGCUGCUCUUUGACUUCUGGAGUGUCCACAGCCCCACAGGGAUGGUGCUCUCAGUGCUGGUGAUCCUGCUGCUGUCCAUGCUGUAUGAAGCCAUCAAGAUGGGCAAGGCCCUGCUGCUGCGCCGGGCGCUGCUGGCUCUGCCCCACAGCCUCAGCCAGGAGUCGCUGGUGGAGCCAGAGGAGGAGGACCCUGGCUCUGAACAGGGCAGGUGGUUCGGGUACCACGCUGGGCAGACGCUGUUCCACGUGCUGCAGGUGGUGCUGGGCUACCUGCUGAUGCUGGCUGUCAUGUCCUACAACGCCUGGAUCUUCCUGGGGGCCAUCCUGGGCUCCACCCUGGGCUAUUUCCUGGUGUACCCCCUGCUGGGUCGGGGCUAGCUGCCCCCCCGGGCUGCCGGGCAGUGCCCCCCGCGCCUCCUGCUCCUCGC